GGGGCCAGCCUGAUGCCCUGCCUCUGUGUGAGGGGGCCAGCCUGAUGCCCUGUCUCUGUGUGAGAGGGGGCCAGCCUGAUGCCCUGUCUCUGUGUGAGGGGGCCAGCCUGAUGCCCUGCCUCUGUGGGGCCAGCCUGAUGCCCUGUCUCUGUGUGAGAGGGGGCCAGCCUGAUGCCCUGUCUCUGUGUGAGGGGGCCAGCCUGAUGCCGUGUCUCUGUGUCCACCUGUGUAGCUCUCACCUGUUGCUGCGUCGUGCAGCGGUGGCCUGUCUGAGACAGCUGGCCCAGAGAGAGGCUGCGGAGGUCUGUGAGUACGCCAUGAGUCUGGCCCGCAACAAGGACAGCACGGACUCAACCACCGUCAAUCUGAACAUCACAGAGACUGGUUUGGAGGGGGUUCUGUUUGGAAUGCUGGACCGGGAGACGGACAGGAAGCUUUGUCACGACAUCCAUGACACUCUGGGCCACAUGCUCUCCUCGCUCGCCGUGGACAAGCUCUCUCAUUGGUUGAAGCUCUGCAAGGAUGUCCUGGCUGCUACGACAGGUCACAGUCUGUGAAACUUGACUUAACUAAGUGUUUGGU